CGUCAUCGUCGUCGAGAUUAAUGAUGCUGUUAAUGGCAACGACGAAGCGAUCGACCCGUUCGCAUUUCUGCGAUUACAAGUGCGUAGAGCGCAAUGUCAGGGCGACCGGUCGCUUUCGGUAGCCGAGCGUUGACACGAUCAGAAGAGAAGAGGAACACACCCGAGGGAGAGAAAGAGACAAAGAGAUAUCGAUGAAGUUGUAAGGUUGAGAGCUAAUCAAUGACGCCCAAUGAUUUGAUGCUGCCCACGCACGACCGCGCGACGUCCACGAGGGAAAGUCGAUCGUGAUCGACGUCACUUGUUCGUUAUCACACCGGGCCCGUGUCUAAUACAUCUGACGUAUUGUUGCCCAAGUGUUCAUCUCUCUGACGCGGUCCCCACUUCCCUCACCGUAUAUCGAUCGCGAAUUCGUCUCGCGAAUUGGUGACAAACACGAGUGACGUUACGCCGUGCUGUGCCGUGGUAGGAACGCCAAUAAUUCGCGAUGCUGCCGAAGAAGGAGCAGCAGACGGAGCCGUACGCUCUCGAGGACAUGAUAUCGGAUCUCCAAGCGAGGAGGCACUCGCUCGACCACGACGAAGUCGUGCAGGACCCGGCCGAGUUGCUCAAGCAACGCGAGAGGGACCUCGUCCUGGCCGCUGAGCUCGGCAAGGCUCUCCUCGAAAGGAAUCAGGAGUUAACGAAGCAAGCCGAGACCCUGGCCGAGGAGUACUCCGCCAAAUUGGAAAGUUUGGAGCAGGAGAGGCACCUGCUGCGAAGGAGACUCGAAGAAGCUAGAGAUGAGAGCGAGGCAAGAGCGUUGGAACUACAGGCUGAUGUGGAGACUCUUAGGAGUCAACUGGAGGAGCAAAAUGAGAAGGCGAGGAGAGCGGAGCGCGACCAAGCCGCCCUCGUCGCGGAGCUGACGGCGCAAAACACGAGGCUGGCCGAUCAGCUGAGAGAAGCUGCCAAACAGGAGGAGCAGCUGCUCGUGGAGGUGAAGGUGCUGCGGGAAAAAUGCGCUCUCAGGAACACCACCCUGCAGGAUCACGUCAGCAGCUUGGAGAUCCUCAGGGACGAGGUACAACUGGUAUCCGCACAAAGGACAGAGCUAGAAAGGCGGUCCUUGGAGCUGCGCGAAGAGAGGGCCAGGGCGAUGGCGGCCCUCGAGGAAGCCGAGGAGAGAGCCACGGCCUUGGAGCGGCUCGGCCACGAAGCGGAACACCGCGCGAGACUGGCCGAGAGGGAGAGGGAUGAGCUAGCGUCGGCGUUGGCGGCCAUCGAGAAUGAAAGAAGAACCCGGUCCGAUUCGAUACACAAACCACCGCGGUCUCUGCAAGCGGAGAUGGAGUGCGAGGAGAGCGGCAGCUCACUCGGAGAACAGGACGAUGGCAGUCUGAGAACGGAAGUGACGAGGGCGACGAAACGACUGAGGGAGUUGUGCGCCCAUUUGAGACGCGGCGAAGAUGACUCGGGUCUGCAGAGCGACUGCGACGAGUCCAUGCUAGUGAUCAAUCUCAACAACUCCGAGGCAGAAGUGAACACCAACGAGCGGGAGACUCACCCUUCGCCAACAAACUGUCCGGGUGCACUGUUAGAGCUGGUCGAAGAAGUCUACAAUCUCGCGCUGUCGGGUAGAGGGGCCCCAGGGGAAUUGGGAUUGGCGGUGGAGCUUCAUAGGGUACGAGAAGAACUGGAGAACUCUCGGGAGCAGUACAGGAUACAGGAAGAGGAAUUGAAGCGACGCGGCGAUACUGUCUUGGAGCUGACGAGCAAGUUCAGCGUCUGCGAGGCUGAACUUCGCGGCGUCAAGGAGGAACGUGACAGAGCGAGGGGCGAUAUCGAGCACUCCGAGUUGACGAAGGACGAGAUCGUAGCUAAAGCUUACAAGGUGCGGGAUCAGGCGGUGGCCCGGCAGAACAGGGUAGAGGUAGAGCUGGCCAGAACGCGGAUAGACAUCCUGCAGGCCGACAGCCAGCUGAAGGAGGCGAUCAAGCAGAAGGUCGAGCUCAGUCAGCAGCUGGAGCAGUGGCAGAUGGACAUGCAGGCGCUCCUGGACGAACACGUGCGCAGCAAACUGACCCCGGCCUCGCAGAUCGUCGCCACGAAAAACGGCGAGAACUCGGACAUGUCGGCACCGGCCAGGAAGAAGAGGAGCACCGGCUCGACGAAGAAGAUGUUCGGCCUGUUUUGACGAAAGUGACGCAGCGCGAUGGCUUCGUUGCAUUGAGCCGAGCGAUCGUGACUGACAUAGACCUAGGCUUCUGUGUUCCUGCGUUAAGAACCAUUUUGUAUAAAGUAGACGUCAACAGGAUUAAGAGAAGAGAGUGCGAAUUUAGUGCUCAUCUUGAGAAUCUGUUCUCUGCUAAAGUCAUUAAAUGAUGCUGCUUGGACCGUACAUACAUUGCGAUAUGUGGACUAAUCGUAAACUAGCAACUUUGAGCAUCUAAAUUUAGCAGUUCAAACUAGACCAGUUUCGUCUGGUCUCGUGCAAACUUUGGGACCUGUCUCGGCACGAAUGCCGAAGCGUUCUCGAUGCAUGACGCGUGCGAGAAACGUCCGCGUUGCUCACGGCGGGGAGCCUAUUACAUUGGUGCUCGUGUCGAAACCGUAAAUUCGAAUUUAAGUGGCAUCGCCGUAGAAACAGGAACGUCCGACUUUCUACGAUUCCUCAACCAGGGAAAGUCGCGGAACGUUCCUCCGAAAACGCUCCUCGCGCGACUCGACACGCGACAUCAAACUUUUCAUUCUUCGACUCGAUUACGCGCGUUUUCUGUGUCGGCCACUUUUUAUCACGCGGCUCGAUCGAUGUAAUCCGGCGGACUGUCAUUAUCGUUCACUCGACUGUUCAUGCGAAAAGUAUUAAUGACAUAAAAUUACGUUGCGACGCCGAUCGCUAAUGGAAUCAGCGAUGAGAUGGACAAGUCCAUCUCAUCUAGAAAAAAAAAAGAAAGGAGAGUCGUCGUUGAUGUGUGUUGCCUCCCCGAGAAAUUAAGGUUCCGUUACGAACGACGUCUUUUCUCCACGAUAGAUAAAUUUUCGACACGUCCAAGCGACGUUUCUAGCUCAGGGAAAUUUUUCGCGGACGCUCUUCUAAUUUUCGCUCUUUCAUCGCGUUUCUUCGUCCGCUCUCGAAAGAUCCAGAGGGACCACUGCAAUCGAAACGAGAUCGGUCACGGUCUCUCGCUUCACGCGGGCGAAGGGGAGGAGGAGUAUCAAUCGUCCGAAAGAUGACGAAAGAACGCGAAACGUUUAAUGUCCCGGCAAGACUGAUUAGGAUCGGCAAGAGGCGCAGCCGAGUUUUUUUUUCUCCCGCGCGCGAAAAUGCGUCCUGUCAUUUUCAUCAUCGUGGAACGAAUCGCUCUCCACGGUAACGAACGAUCUCCGAGUGGAAACUCCUUAUUUCGAAAUGGCCUCGCGCUCUGCUCGACAAAUAAUGAAACGAAUCGAAGUCACACGAGUGUCUCUCGCUCCGUUUCUUUCGCCGCGCGACGCGAAGACAUCGGAUUCCUCUCUUAAUAUAAAACAUUGUGAUACGCUGUGUCUUACGUUAGAAUCGAAGAAUGUUGUGGGCUUCCUGAUACAUUGCGGAAGCAUCACUUCUGUAAUCAAUCAACGAUCGUAUUAGAGCGCGAAAUUAAAGAAACUUUUUUUUUUAAUUUCGUCAACGAUUAAAUUGCGAGAAUGAAUAGUAAUUGAUAAGAAAGCCGUGAAUUUGUUAUGCACAAACGUGUACUCAAAAGUAGACCUACCACGGGCUUGGAUGACUUUCACUAUCUAUCUGACCAUGAAUAAUUACCGUCCGUCCAUCGUUCCGUCCGGCAGGACUAACGAAUUGUUCGCGAUACAACGAGGAGAAACGAGAGUAGGAUGAUGAAGCGCUUUGAAGAUGAUGAAAGUCGAUCGAUCCAGCCGGUGAUCAUUGAUAUAUUAACGCGACGAUAGUGCAAUAUCACUGGAACAUUUUUACAACGAUAUUUAAUCGAAUCGACGAAUGCAACUCGACUGCUCCUCGACGAUUCUGCGUUUCGCACUUGCAGAUAAAUCGGUCUCGAGGAGCAACGGCUGCGAUGCAUUUAGUGGCACAUGUGUGAUCUCUCACGUGUAGAAAUUGCAUGAACACGCGUGCGUGCGUCGCACAUAGCGAAUCGUUUGUACAUUAGUUUCCCCCCUCCUCCCUUCGUUUCUUCGGGGCGAGUGUACCGACGAAACUGUAUGAUAAUUGUAUAAUUCUCGAUCUGAUCAAUUGCGGCAAUAUUUAUUUAAUAAAAAUCUGUUUUACGAAUGAAAGUCUCGCUUCUAUCAGUCUCCUAUCCAUUGUCAUCCGACACGCACUGCAAGUCCAAUCCAAAUGUGUAAUUUUUACACACUCAAGUGCGUAAAACGUGGAGUCACUUUUUACACAUUUCUUUGCGUAAUUUUUCUAUGAUUUUUAUAUGCUUAGAUGUAUGUCAAUGUUAAAUUAAUGUCUAAACGUGUAAAAAAUACAAAAAUUACACGCAUAGAAAUGUAUAAAAAAAUGACUGCACGUUUUAGACACUUGGAUUUGGAGUACUUUUUAAUUAAUCUUAAUUAUUAGCUUAUUAAAUUAUAUUUAGUGUUCUUAAUUUUCCGGAAAAAAAUAAAAUUGAAGAAAAAAUACAACUGUGAUAAUGAUAGCAAACUUUGUUGAUGAAUUACUUAGAUAUUACGGCUUUUAAAUGGAAAAAAAAACUUUAAAACGACAAAGAAAAAAUUUUUCCAGCCUUAAAACACUAAAAUUAUUCAAUUCUAUUUGUUUGUUCGGUGACUUCGGCUUACCGCUUUUCUCGCUACAUGUCGUUCGUCCCAGCAAGCUGGGAAUAACGAGACACGUGAAAAGAAACAAAUAGGCAUUUAUUCACAAGAGGCAGGUGUAGUUACAGUAGUUUCAUUUCUGUCUUGCUUUUUGUAUAUAUAUGUAUAUAUAUAUGUGCAUAUAUAUACACAUAUAUAUAUUUAUAAUAGUAUCUUGUAACCGACCCGUAAUCACCGAUCGGUUCAACUACGCAAUACAAAUGGGCAUGAACAAUGGGGGCGGGUGCAUACAAAGUGUUUGUCCUCUCGCACACGAAACGCGCCGUUUCUACUCCGUUUCUUCUCUUCAUCUUUUUUUUUUUAAUUUUACUUUAAGCGCAGCGAGAUUCCACUUUAUAAAAUUCUGUGUGUACGUAUGCGUGUGUGUAUCGGCAGAUAGAAUCUCGCUGCUCGUUU